AGGCGCAUGCACCGCCUCGUCUCCCUCCUCCGUAGCGUCCCUGCAGCGCCCAUGGGGCGGAGCGAAGCCAUGGCGGCGGCAGCGGGAGGCGACGGGGGCGGGCGGCGGGCGGUGGUGGCGGAGCUACUGCUCGUUGUGCUGCAGCUGGCGGGCUCGUGUGGGGCGGGCACCACCGCUGCCCUGCCUGUAGUCAUCAACACCUGGGCGUUUAGGAAGGCCACAGAGACAGCGUGGCGAGUAUUACAGUUGGGUGGUUCUGAGCUGGAUGCAGUUGAGAAAGGUUGUGGUCAGUGUGAGAUUGACCAAUGUGAUGGGAGUGUGGGAUAUGGAGGAAGCCCAGAUGAAAGUGGAGAAACAACACUGGACGCAAUGAUUAUGGAUGGGAACACUAUGGAAGUUGGGGCAGUUGCAGAUCUCAGACGAGUCAAAAAUGCAAUUGGUGUAGCGCGAAAGGUCAUUGAGCACACUAAGCAUACAUUAUUAGUGGGAGAGUCAGCCUCCCUGUUUGCUGUACGCAUGGGGUUUCCAUAUGAAGAUUUAACUACCCCAAAAUCUCUUAUGAUGUAUUCAAAGUGGCUUAAUCGAAGCUGUCAGCCAAACUACUGGAAGAAUGUGGUACCAGAUUCUUCAAAAUCAUGUGGACCAUAUAAACGACUUGAAAAGGUUACUUGCGAAAAAUGGACCAUCUCACAAAGAAGCGUUCAUAAUCAUGAUACUAUUGGUAUGGUUGUAAUUGGUGGGAACGGAACCGUUGCUUCUGGGACAUCUACUAAUGGUGGAGUCCACAAAAUUCCAGGCCGUGUAGGAGACUCUCCAAUACCAGGAGCAGGAUCCUAUGCUGAUAGUACAGCUGGAGGAGCUGCAGCCACUGGGGAUGGUGACAUCAUGAUGCGCUUCUUACCCAGCUAUCAAGCUGUAGAGUAUAUGAGGAUGGGAAUGGACCCAACAGUAGCCUGUCAGAAAGUUAUUUCCAGAAUCCAGAAGUAUGCUCCAGAGUUCUUUGGUGCUGUUAUAUGUGCCAAUACAACCGGAAGUUAUGGUGCUGCAUGUAAUAAAAUUCCAGGAUUCACUCAGUUUCACUUCAUGGUUUAUAGCCCUUUGCUAAGUCAGGCAGCUGAGCAAGUAGUAGAUUGCAUUUAAUUUCUUUUGCCUUAUUGACAUCUAAACUUAGAGGGGGAGAGUGCUAAGGUUCUGCAGGUGUUACUUUUAAAAUUUGUUUCUUUUCACUGUUCCAUAAUAAUAUGAACAAGUACAAAGAUAUGUUGAUGUUGAAGAUAUUACUUCACUGUUUUUAUUGUGUUCUGCUUUAUUAUAGCUCUGUGUAGUGCUGCUAAGCUUAAUCUGUAGCUUUCUAUCCUAAUUACUUUGUAAAUUGAUUCUAAAUUAUUGUAAACAGGUACUUUAAUCUAGGGCAAGGUUUUUGAAAAUGGACUCUGCAGUGUAUCAGGAAAGUGGAUAUAGUUGCAAAAUUAGUGCUGAUACUUUCACAGUUAACGUAAGGGAUUUGUCUGUUUAAAAAUUGAUGUCUAAGUGAAAUGGAUGAAAAGUGGCCUCUGUAGUGAGGCAUAUCAAUAAGUCAGGAAUGUAGUGCACAUUACCUAACAUCCCAACUCAAUUCUUAAACUUUUGCAAGCUCAACAAACUGGGGAUCUGAAUACCACUAAAAGUUAUCAAGUAAUACUUCGGAGUAAUGCCAAGUUUCACCUGCUCUUUUGGGGUAGUAGAACUUUGUCUAACAGCUCUUCUAGUCUGUCUGUUUUCUUAAGAGCUAAAUAAUCAAGGGGUAUGGAUAAUAGCUAUUGAACUGGACCUUCACUUUGCCAUUUAAAAGCAAGUAUUUGGCAGAAAUCUGGAAUAAAGGGCAGGAGGGAGGAAGGACUCUGCCUCUACAAGUCUGGGUGCAAGGUGCUGCAGCUGGGUCAGGGCAAUCCCAGACAUAGUACAGAUUGGGAGAAGAUCUCGCUGAGAGCAGCCCUGCAGAGAAGGACUUGGGGGUUCUGGUGGAUGAAAAGCUCAACAUGAGCCAGCAGUGCGCACUUGCAGCCCAGAAGGCCAACUGCAUCCUGGGCUACAUCAACAGAGGAGUGGCCAGCAGGGUGAGGAAGGUGACUGUCCACCUCUGCUCUGUCCUGGUGAGGCCCCACCUGGAGUGCUGCAUCCAGGUCUGGGGCCCCCAGCACAAGAAGGAUGUGGGGCUGUUAGAGUGGAUCCAGAGGAGGGCUGUAAAGUUUAUCAGAGGGCUGGAGCACUCCUCCUACGAAGAAGGGCUGAGAGCUGUGGCUGUUCAGCCUGCAGAAGAGAAGGUUCAGGGGUGACGUAAUUCCAGAUUUUCAAUAUUUAAAUGGGACAUAAAAAAUGAUGGAGAGCAACUUUUUCCUGUCAGACAAUGACAGGACAAAGGGGAAUGGUUUAAAACUAAGAGGGAAGAUUUAGAUUAGAGGUUAGGAGGAAAUUCUUCACUCAGAGCGCAGUGAAGCACUGGAAUAGGUUGCCCAGAGAAGUUAUGGAUGGCCCAUCCCUGGAGGUGUUCAAGACCACGUUGGAUGAGGCGCUGGGCAACCUGAUCUGGUGGGUGGCAUCACUGCCUAUGGUAGGGGGUUGAAACUGGGUGAUCUCUAAGGUCCCUUCCAACCCAAGCUAUUCUGUGAUUCUGCAAGGGAGACUUAUUUUGAGAAUGUAUGUCUUUUUAAGAUUUAGUCCUGGUUUUCUUUUCUCUUGAAAAGAAAAUUACAUGCAAAUGCUAGCACGUAAGGAAAGGGUAUUGAAGAGUAGCAGAAAACAUUUCAAACUCUUAAUUAAGAGAUUGACAAGCAAGAGAGAACUUGUGUCACAAUAGCUGAGAAUGCCUUUGGAUGGAGUCACAUCCCCACAUACAUCCCUGUUAUUUUAGUACAAGCUUUCAAGGAGUAUUAUGUUUACUGUAAUGGGAAGUUAGAUUUCCUGUAGUGUAAAAUAAAUUACAAAUCUUAAUCACAGUGAUUUGCUUGUCAUGGAUGUGCCGUGUGCUUGCCCUUUCCUAUAGUAUAUUAUCACUGAAAAGGUGCAGUUGCUUACUUAAAGCGUGACAGUUAUCCAUAGCUAACAAAGCUGCGUUUGUCACUUUCCUUCUAUGUCUGGAGAUAACAGGCUUCGUUUAUUAUAGUACUUCAGCAUCUUGAGGAUUGUUUUAUAGAUGUUUAAUGGUCUGUCUGAACUUUUCUUAACGUGGUGGCUUGCUGAUCAGUUGUCUGAAUCUUUACUAAACUUGACAUUGGUAGGAAAAAUUAAAGAGGGGGAAAAAAGGCAAAAUGUUUACACCUUGUCAUAAACACUUUAAUUAUUCUUUGUCUACUUGAAUAAAAUCUUUGGGUAAUAAAAGCACGCUUUACUGUAUCUUAUAUGAGUAAGAUUGUUUGGAUGCUUGUGUACCGUGUCUUAGAAUGAUUGUUGCCUUAUGUUCCAAGUUGGUCUGUGUAAGAGCUAGAAAAAAAACACACAACAUUCAAAUGACAAUAGUAAUCUUCAACGGCCUGCUGUUGAACUUCAUCAACAAGGUCAUUUAUUUGGAGGAUUCACUUUUGUUACUGGAUUUUUGGCUCCUCUCUCUCCUAGCAUAGUGUUUGCUGUAGGUAGGCCACACCAAGCUUUUCUCAAAGGAGCUCUUACAGUGUAUAUCUGAAGUGUUAUGGUGUUUUCUACCUGUCAUACCUACAACCCUUCUGCUAUGGCUGCUGUAUCUUCAGAUGGAUUGAAUGGAACAGCAUCUGUACUUGUAAAUUGAGGCAGUCAAAUACAAACAGAUCAAUAAAAUUUCAGUGAUUGCUACUUUGAAGAUAGUGUUGUAGAUUGUGAACACAGGAGGUUAAGUCCUGGCAGCUGAGUGAUAAUGUCUCAGACUACUGCAGUUGAAUCCAGAAGGAUUCAUUUGCAAGAGUGCUUUGGAACAUCCUUCUAGUGUGCUUAUGCCACUGUAUGCUAGCUAGCAUAUACAGCUAAAGGUUAUGGCUGCACAUGCUAAAAGAUGAGUGCUCUAUAAAAAUGUAUUUGAAGUCACUAAGUUAGAAUUCUAACCUACUGUAGAGUCAGGUCAUCUACAGCUGAGAAUAAAAUUAUUCGUCAGGUCAUCUACAGCUGAGAAUAAAAUUAUUCGUCUCCAUGAGAUGUACAUAUUAACUCACAUGGUUUAAUAAUGUAGGUUGUUUUUGUCAUGCUGAAUUUGUUCUAAAUGAAGCAGUUUGUGUGAAUUAUUUAAAUAUGUUGUUAAUUUGACAAUAUAUUUAAAUUAUCAAUGUACUGUUCUGAUGUUAAUGGACAAUCCCUUCCAACUUGGAUAUUCUAUGAUUAUUUUUUUUAAAGUUUUUAAUAGUAGUGCUGUUCUCUUACACUUAUUAGAUGCAUGAUUUUUCCUUUUUUAAGAAAGGUUUUAUAUAUGCAAACACUUGACAAAAGUAGGCAAAAACUCUGACAGUUUCUGCUGUGGUAGCAAAAAAUAAAGUCUUAAAUAAAAACACAUGAAAUCAGAGGUUUUUUUUUACACUUCUGACUUACUACAAAAUACAGGAAAAAAAUACACAGAAUAUGAGAUUUGCAGGUUGGUACAGUUGAAUGCAUCCUCUCUGUAAAGGUUUUUGUUUUUGUUUUUUUUUGAAUCCUGCUAAGUACCUUUGCCUCUAACUAAUUUCUGUUUCUAAAAUUUCCUACAGAAUUAUUUAAUGUAGACAAAUAAAGAAUUUCUUAGCUAUACGGUCUGGCUCGUAAAUCUAACUGUGACAUGUUUUUCCAUGGCACUGAAUUUUUCAUUAAUAAAAAACUCUAUAUAAACUCUGA